GGAUUGGAAUCGACCCAGCAGUUUUCCAUUUCUCUGCAGUUGCAAACACUUGGGAACUGCUUCUUUCAUUAUUACUUUUAAAGUCUUCAGUCAACAACACUCGUCCUUAAAAUAAGUCCCCUCUUCCUCUUCCUCUUCCUCUUCCUCUUGUGUCACUUGGGCUCUCCUCCUCCUUUGCUUCUUUUCAUUGAUGCUGCGAUCCUUCCACGACGAUCUGAUACUCUCUGAUCGAUUGCUUGUUGCAGACUAGCAGAGGGUGGCGUGAGGUCCUUCCAGAUUCGCCGGUGCCUGCUCUUAGUCUCCUUUUAAGGGAGUUCAUGGCUAGCAAAAGAAUCCAGAAGGAACUUCAGGAUUUGCAGAGAGAUCCCCCAACAUCCUGCAGUGCUGGGCCUGUGGGAGAGGACCUCUUCCACUGGCAGGCUACGAUCAUGGGACCGGCAGAUAGUCCAUAUUCUGGUGGUGUGUUCUUUGUCAUGAUUCAUUUCCCACCUGACUAUCCCUUCAAGCCUCCCAAAGUCAACUUCCAGACCAAGGUGUACCACCCAAACAUCAACUCCAAUGGCAACAUUUGUCUCGACAUCCUUAAGGAGCAGUGGAGCCCGGCCCUGACGAUAUCAAAGGUCCUCCUCUCCAUUUGCUCACUCCUGACUGACCCCAACCCUGAUGACCCCCUUGUACCCGAAAUUGCCCACAUCUACAAGAACCAACGAAGUCGAUAUGAGGAAACGGCAAGGUCGUGGACCCAGAAAUAUGCCAUGAACUGACAUCAGCCCAGUGGGUUCUGGGUGGGACCUCAAACAGCUGGUGAUGAAAAUUAAUUUCCUCGAAGAAAGGGGAAGAGGGGGAGGACAGAAGUGGUACGGGCUAAUGAGUGGCAAACAUGUUUUUUAAUGAAUUAUCAGAACUACAUCGAAAUUUUGUUUGUAUAUUAUUAACUAGUAUUAUGGGAUAUAUGGUUCCGUUUUUGUUCUUUUAUUUUUCUGUUUGUUGAGGGUGGGGUGGACAGGGUGGCGAAGGUUCCUUUGUUCUGUUGUUAAUAUGUUUGUGGGUUUUCAUGGGUCUGCGAGUUUAAUCCUCAGAAAUUGACUCUUGAUGAGCCA